AAAUUUGGCGCGACUUCGUGAAACUUGAAAGGCGAAAAGUGAUGAAUACGCGACUGACAACAACCAACUAAUAAUGCAGAAAUCUAUUAUGUCAUUUUUUUCGGCAAAGCUGCCUAAGAAUGAAGAAGAAAAAAAUGACAGUGAAAACAAAAAGGAGAAGAUGGCAGAGAAGUCUAAGAAGAAGGAAACUCCUAAAAAGAAAGUGAAGACAAAAUCUCCUCUAAAACAAAAGAACUCUUCUCCCAGCAAGGAUCUCGAUUCUCCGAUCAAAGUGUCCACCAAAAAGAAGAGAGCGAGAGUUAUUGAGAGUGAUGAUGAAGAUGAAAUAAAUGAAGAGAAACAAAAAGAGACAGCUGAAGUUACUAAAGAGGUCAAGAAGGAGGUGGUAGUAGAUGAAAAUGUGGCUGUGGUAGAAAAAGAAGAACUCAAACCACAAGAGACAGUCAUGCCGACACCGUCUGUGGAGUCCCAGAGUGACAAGAAUUCCCAAGCAUUUUCUCAGUCCCCAUCUCGAUCUUCUACCUCUGUUCCCGUUACUCCUGUCAAGUCACCGACUGUCAUACCACCAAGAAAAACUGCCAGAAAGAGUUUUGGUAGCGCUGUGAAGAGAAAGAACAUGGACCAGAGUCCCCAGUCACUUGGUGUUGAGAGUCCAGCCAAAAGAAAGAAGGAAAUACACAAUGGAACAUCAGUCAGUUCCAGAGACUUGAAAACCGAGAAACAAGAGAGCCAGGAAUCUUGCAGUGAUUCAGAAGCUAUGGAAGUAGAUGGCACAGAUCAAGAGGAAGAUGACGAGAAAGACAAUGUUGAUAUGAAGAAAGAAAACGACAUUUCGAAAUCUGAAACGUGUGAGGAAACAAAGGAAAAAGAAAGUAAUCCUGCAUCUGUUGAUAAACCUAUGGAGACUGGCAGUGAAACAGACGGCAAAAUAAAAAGCAAAGAAAAUGGUUUGGAAGAUGAGAAAAUGUCUACAAAGACUGGGUCCAAAGACGAUCACAAAAAAGUGGCUAAAGAGGAAAUUAAAUCUGCCAAUGAAACAGAGUCAGAAAAUGAAAAUGCCAUUACAGAUAAGGAUGAAAAUGUUAGUGUGAAAGAAGAAAAAAGUGACUCUGAAGACGGGACGAUAAAGAAAAAAGAAAUUCAUAGUUUUUUCUCUCCAAGACAAACUGAAAAGUCAACAACAAAAUCUAAAAAGUCUAAAGUUAAGUCUGAAAAGUCAGCAGUGAAAUCUGAAAAAUCAAAAGUAAAGUCUGAAAAAUCAACAGUGAAGACUGAAAAAUCUCAAGAUGACGGGGAAGAAAGUAAAGCAUCGACAAAAUCUGUUGAAAAGGACAAGACCUCAGCAACAUCUCCAGUGAAAUCAGAAGCUAAGGCUGCCAAGCUGGUAACUGAUACAACAUAUGAUCCCGGAAAAACUAAAUAUCACCCUAUUGAUGAUGCAUGCUGGAAAGUCAAAGAAAAGGUGCCAUACUUGGCUCUUUCAAAAACUUUCAGCUGCAUCGAGAACACUUCAGCCAGACUAGAGAUGAUCCGAAUACUUUCUAAUUUCUUUCGGUCUGUAAUAGUUCUCUCCCCUGGAGAUCUUCUGUACUGCGUGUAUUUGUGUCUCAACAAGCUGGCACCAGCCUACGCAGGCGUGGAGCUAGGGAUAGGGGAGACAAUCAUGAUGCGAGCAAUAGCACAAGCCACAGGUCGGAGUUUGGACAAGAUUAAAAUUGACGCCAAGGAAAAGGGUGAUUUAGGCCUUGUGGCAGAGAGUAGUCGUAGUAACCAGACCACAAUGUUUGCUCCAGCUAAGUUGACUGUAUCCACUGUGUUUGUACGACUGAAGGAAAUCGCCAGCAUGAGUGGAAACUCUGUGAUGACGAAGAAGAUGGACAAGAUAAAGGGUUUGUUUGUCGCAUGUCGGCAGUGCGAGGCUCGCUACCUCAUCAGGUGUCUCGGAGGAAAACUGCGUAUCGGGCUUGCGGAGCAGUCUGUCCUGACGGCGCUUGGUAACGCGGUGUUCCUCACUCCUCCAGGGCAAGAAUACCCCCCUGAGGUACUGGAUGCUGGGAAAGGGAUGUCAUCUGAAACUCUAAAGAAAAAGAUGGAUGAGGCAGCAUUGAUUAUUAAAACAACAUACUGUGAACUACCUAACUAUGAUGCCAUUGUCCCUGUUCUGUUGAAGGAAGGAUUACAAGAACUUCCCACUCGCUGCAUGCUCACUCCCGGAAUUCCACUAAAACCCAUGUUGGCACAUCCGACCAAGGGAGUGAGUGAAGUCCUACAGAGGUUUGAGAACAUGGAGUUCACCUGUGAAUACAAGUAUGAUGGAGAGAGAGCCCAGAUUCAUGUUCUGGAAGACGGAAAGAUCCACAUCUACAGCAGAAACUCUGAAGACAACACGUCAAAGUAUCCUGAUAUUAUCGGCCGCAUGCCGAACGCCAUCACGGAUACAGUGAAAUCAUGUGUGAUCGACUCUGAAGCUGUGGCAUGGGACCAGCAGAACAAACAGAUCUUACCCUUCCAGGUCCUGUCAACACGCAAGAGAAAGGAUGCCGACGUUGAAGAAAUAAAAGUCCAGGUGUGUGUCUAUGCGUUUGAUCUGCUCUACUUCAACGGAGAAUCUCUCGUGAAGAAACCGUUCCGCGAGCGACGCCAGCUCCUCAGAGAUAACUUCAGGGAGGUGGAGGGAGAAUUCGUGUUUGCCAAGUCUAUGAUAGCAUCCAACACAGAGAAGAUUGAAGAGUUUUUAGAUGAAUCUAUUAAAGGAAACUGUGAAGGUCUGAUGGUUAAGACCCUUGACGUAGAUGCAACAUAUGAAAUUGCCAAGAGAUCUCGAAACUGGCUCAAGCUCAAGAAAGACUACUUGGAGGGUGUGGGUGACACCCUCGACAUCGUUCCUAUCGGCGGUUACCUCGGCACCGGGAAACGAACCGGUGGCUAUGGCGGCUUCCUGCUCGCGUGUUACGAUGAAGACAAUGAGGAGUUCCAGUCCAUCUGCAAGAUUGGCACGGGUUUUACCGAUGAAAACCUCGAGGUUCACACGAAGUUCUUCAAGGCUCACGUGAUUGACGCGCCCAAGUCAUACUACCGGUUCGACAGCGGUCUAGAGCCUGACCACUGGUUCGACGCCGUCCAGGUGUGGGAGGUCAAGGCUGCUGACCUGUCCAUAUCACCCACACACAAGGCAGCAAGCGGACUGGUUGACCCAGAAAAGGGCAUCUCACUCAGGUUUCCACGGUUUCUGCGUAUCCGUGAUGACAAGAAACCCGAAGAAGCAACCUCAGCGUCUCAGGUGGCGGAUAUGUAUAGAAAUCAGCUACAGAUCUCUAAUCAGCAAAAAACAAACAGAACGGACAUUGAGGAAGACUUCUACUGAAGCAGAGACUAUAAUCAUUUAACAUAAUAAAAUUCAGUGUGUUAAAGAUAAUUUCUGCAAACCACUGCUCAAACAUGUAUGUCAGGUAGGUAUUAAUAUAUUGCAUCUACAAAAUCUAAACAACGUAUCGGAGUAUGGUAAUAAUGAAAUGAAAAUAUUGACAAAAUCAUGGAAGACCGAGAUAUUAGUGAGCAGAAUAAAAACUAGAUUUUCUCCCAUCUGGUUCACCAGCUUUGUGUGAAAUUUGCUUGUAUCUUGAGGAUUUUCACUGUGUUUGAGAACUAAUCGGACUUUUAACUUUACACUCUAAAGUUAUCUUAGAUUUUGUUUUCUCCAUGUACCCAAUAGACGAUGUAUUUUUCAUGCUAGGUUGUUGUUAUACAUUCAUUCAU